CUUGCGACUGCGACUGUACUUCCGCAUACGUUUUACGCUUACCGCCCCAGCGUCACACAAUUAUUGUUCUCGAAUUAUCACUGAACAGACCGAAACCUCGAUCUGGACGUCCUCUCAGAUUUUCACUGAAGUAAACCGACAUUGAAUAAAUGUUCGUGUCCGGAUAACUUCGUCUUGAUGAGCGUUGAAGCUUCUCCACCGGGGUUAGCUUAGCUUGCUAGCUGACGCCUUUCUCAACGCUUCGCUGAGCAGCGAUCGAGUGAGAGCGUAAAGUCUUGUGAUUAUCGUGUGAAAAUGUGUGCACAAAGUGUGAAAGAGGAGUACGAGGGGGAACUUUGUCGGACAGAGGAGAGCGAGCGACAAGCUCAACUACUGGACGCUAAUUUAAAAAAGAUGCCUCUAGAUCUGGUACACGCAGCAGCGAAAUGCACACUCUGUAGACGCGCAGCAUUUUACAGUGUCCCGUUGACCAAAACCCCUCAUGGGGGAGUGAUUGUUACUGUCGGGUCGAAAACAAAUUCGGCAUUGGACACCGUAGAAGAUCUUCACCGAUAUCCAGACGCCUCCCACAUUAAAACGGAAGAGGAGGAGGCUGAUGUCACCAACUUUCCAUUGACUGUCAUUGUGAAGAGUGAAGAUGAUUAUGAAGAAGGAGAAGAAGAAUGUGAUGGAGAUCACUGCAGAGGAGCCGGCUUCUUCGCUCAACUAUCAGAUUGUGAUGCUGCGUCAUCACAAUCACGUGACACGGAUGAUGACGACAAUGAUGAUGAACACUCUAAAGGUGACAUGACGCGUCACACCCAAGAUACCCCCUGGCAAUGUUCACAGUGUGGGACAACAUUGACCACAAAGUGGGAUUUGAAAGCACACGUGAGAAGCCACACAAGAGAGAAACCUUUCAUUUGCUCACUUUGUGGCAAAAGUUUCACACGUAAGGAAAAGUUGAAGAUCCACAUCAGAACGCACACAGGGGAGAAACCUUUUAUCUGCUCAGUGUGUGGCAAAAUGUUUACGCAUAAGGGACAUUUGACCUUACACAUGGGAAUGCACACUGGCGAGAAACCUUUUUCCUGUUCUAUUUGUGCCAAAAAUUUCACACGUAAGGCACAUUUGAACAAACACAUGAAAAUACACACUGGAGAGAAACCUUUUGCCUGCUCAGUCUGCGGCUUAAGCUUCAGUGAACGCCCAGGAUUGGUUCUGCACAUGCGGACGCACACUGGCGAGAAACCGUAUUCUUGCUUAAUGUGUGGCAGAAGUUUCUCUCUGAGUCGCAAUUUGACAAGACACAGACGAAGACACACCGGUGAGAAACCAUUCUCCUGCGCUGCGUGCCAUGAACGUUUCUCUUACAAGUAUCAGGUGAGCAAACACGAGUGUGCCAGUAAGAAAAGCAACAGGCAAUGAAGCUGCAGAACUUUUAGAAAACAAUGCAGAAACUGCAACUACCGCAAACAAACUCAGGCACUUUUUCUGGUUUUACUAUGAUGGAAUGUAAUAAAAUCGGAAAUGCAAGUCGUCAAACUGA